AUGAUCUUCAAGUGCACCAGGCCUCUCACAGCCCUAUCCAGGCUAUCCCCAACCACAAGACUAGCAUCAACCAUCACAUCAAGCCCAUCACGCUCCCACAAAAUCAUCGUCAUCGGCGCCGGCUCCGCAGGGCUAUCAAUAAGCCACCAACUCCUCCGCUCCGGCCAAUUCACAGCCCAGGACAUCGCCAUCGUCGACCCCGCAACCUGGCACCACUACCAGCCCGGAUGGACCUUGGUCGGCGGCGGCGUGAAAUCCAAAACCUCCCUGCGCCAGGACCUGCGCGGGCUCAUUGAUCCGAAACUGCAAUUCUACAACCAGGGCGUUACAAGUUUCACACCACACCGGAACCAGCUUACCCUGGACAACGGGGAUAAACUAGAGUAUACCCAGCUUGUGGUCGCGCCGGGGAUUAAGAUUGAUUAUGGAGCUAUCCAGGGCCUCCCUGAAGCUCUUGCGGAUGCACAUGCGCCUGUCUCGUCGAUAUACGGGUACGAUACGUGCGACAAGGUUUUCCGCAAUAUUGAGAGACUUGGCCAGGGGACGGCGCUGUUUACGCAGCCUGCAGGCGUGGUGAAAUGCGCCGGCGCGCCGCAGAAGAUUAUGUGGUUGGCGUCGGAUUAUUGGCGCAGGGCUGGUCUAUACAAGUACGGCGACAAGCAAUCGCCGAUUAAGAUCGAGUUCGCCACAGGCCUUCCUGUUAUGUUUGGAGUGCCCAAGUAUAGUGCCAAGUUGGAUGAGAUUCGGCGCGAGCGUGGAGUGCAGGCCCUGUUCCAGCAUGAUCUUGUUGCGGUUGAUGGGGAUAAGGCGACUUUUGCAGUUGGGGGCGAGUAUGUAACGAGGCGGUUUGACUUUUUGCAUGCAGUUCCUAAAAUGGGACCGCAUGGGUUUAUCAAGGAGAGUGGUCUUGCGAAUGAGGCUGGGUUUGUGGAUGUUGAUCCCGAGACGACGAGACAUGUCAAGUUUGAUAAUGUCUGGUCUGCCGGUGAUGCGUCCAGUCUGCCGACUUCGAAGACUGCGGCGGCGAUUACAUCCCAGGCGCCUGUUCUUGUUCGGAAUCUGAUAUCUGCUAUGGAGGGUAAGGCGCCUGCUUCUACGUAUGAUGGGUAUACUUCCUGUCCGUUGACGACGGAGUACGGCAAGGUUCUUCUUGCGGAGUUCAAGUAUGGCGGCGUGCCUAAAGAGACAUUCAGAUGGAUGGGACUGGACCAGGCGACGCCGCGCAGGGCAUUCUAUCAUCUCAAGAAGGACUUUUUUCCUUGGGUGUACUUUAAGUCCAUGGUCAAGGGGACCUGGGGUGGUCCAAGUGGUUGGUUGAACUAG